CUUUGUGGAGUAAAAUUCGAAACAAAAUGCAAUUCUCCCUCAAUCUCAUUCGAUUCUCUGACGAAAUGAAGCGCAGCGGCUUGGCAUUUUAUUUUCUUCUAAUCAUCGGGGUGGAGUCCCUCAAUGUGGUCGAGCAACUGGAGGCCUUGUACGAGAUGUCGGAGAGCCUCCUUGCCAGCUUGAAAGAGGAGGCUCAACCUCCGACCCCCGACGAGGUCUACCCCACUUCGUGUCUGAGUCCCGGAGACACUAGUGGCCAGAUUACCGUGAAGGUGCCGGGACUGAGCCCCUUCCCAGUCUCCUGCGACCACCAGCUUGCUGGUCCUGGAUGGCUGGUGAUCCAGCGCAGGCUAAACGGCAGCCUAAGCUUCUUCCGCAACUGGGAGGAGUACUCGCAGGGGUUCGGGAGCCUCGAGGGAGAGUUCUUCCUGGGCCUGGAGAAGAUUCGAGCGCUGACCGCCCUGGAGCCCCACGAACUGUACGUCCACCUGGAGGACUUUGAAGGAGUGAAGAAGCACGCCAAGUUCGACGAGUUCGCCAUCGGAAGCGCGGAGGACGACUACGCCAUGAAUGUCCUGGGCAGGUACUCCGGAACGGCGGGCGACUCCCUGCGCUCGCACCGGAAGAUGAAGUUCUCCACCUUCGACCGGGACAACGACCGGGAGUUCAACAAGAACUGCGCCUUCUACUACCUGGGGGGGUGGUGGUACAACGCCUGUUUGGACAGCAACCUCAACGGUCAGUACAUGCCGGGCGGGGCGUAUGAGGAGAAGCAGUUCGCCAGGGGCAUGUGCUGGCGUUCCUGGCGCGGCCACAACUACGGCUACAAGAUCACCCAGAUGAUGAUACGCCCCAAGUGCCGAAACGUGCCGGUGACUCAGCCGUGAGUCUCGAAGGCGGCUCCCCAAGAACGUUUCAUCGCCGAUUGGCCCGCUGGGAUCAAUUGUUAUGCAAAGCGCGUCGUCAUUGAAUCACCCAGCUCUUAAUCAGCGGAAAAUAUAGUAUGAUUCGCAUUGAAA